UGCAGGAGAGAAAGAGGAGCCGGGAGGAGGUUGUUGGCUGCUUUCCCCAGCCUGGUCUCUCCUGCUAGGUGGAGGUGCAUUUCCAGAUCCACCCGUCACCACCCCCCUCUCUACCUCUUUGCAUUUAUUUUUGCAAAAAGAAAGAAAAGAAAAGAAAAGAAAAGAAAAGGGUGGGUGGGGGAGAGCUGCGCAUACUCGCAGGACUAGCGCCAUGCAAAGCCUUCCUGGAUCAGCACAAGGAAUGAAGAUGGAGGAACAUGACUCAGCGCAACCUGGGGAGAAGCCAGAGGAAGGUGGGCCGGCCCCUCACGAUAUCCAGAUCAGAACUGUCCGGGAAUUUUGGACAGGGGUGCCUCCGGGAGCGAUGGGGGAACCCCUGUGGCAGGAACUCUUGAAGAUGAUGCAGUCUCCUAAUUUUGGGCUGAGAAACACCCAGCUGAUGGAGGAAUGUUCCUUGUGGAACGAUGCUGCUGCUUUCCACCCCUCUUUCAAGGGGGCAGCUGAAGCUGGGCAGUGGCCUAGAGGAGAGCAGGCCCCAGGUCCAGGCGAAGGCCUCCCCGUGGCCUUCAUGAGCCCAGAAGCCUCCAGGAAAGUGAAGGAAGAGAUUCCAGACGAAGAAGACUUGGAGGCACGAUGCCGGCACUUCCGGCAGUUCCGCUACCGGGAAGCGGAGACCCCCCAGGAAAAUGGCCGGCAGCUCCUGGAGGUUUGCUGCCAGUGGCUGAGGCCCGAGAGACACACCAAGGAGCAGAUGCUGGAGCUGGUGACCUUGGAGCAGUUCCUUGCCAUCUUGCCCCAAGGGAUGCAGCGCUGGGUGCAGGAACGCAGUCCCGAUAAUAUGUCUCAAGCGAUGGCACUGGCCGAAGGCUUCCCUCUCCUCUCUGAAGAGUGGGAACAAAAGCCCCCAGGACCAUUGAAGGAGGACUCUGUUGAUUUCCCCUUAUCGGAGCAGAACCCAUCAGAUCCUCAUCAGGCCCUCCAAGUGGAGGCCAAGCAAGAAGAGGCGGGAGCAGCCUGCUUGCUGGCAGGUGACCAGCAAGUGAGGGAAGAUGAGGUGGAGACAUUUCAGCUGGCAAAAGGACCCGAGCAAUGUGAACUCAACGGGGUAUUACCGGAUGGAGCAACCGGGAUUAUUUCUCAUGAACCGAACACACAAGAAACAUUUGGAAACCAGGGGGUUCGAGAAAGCCCUUGUCGUGGCAGAGGUUCCCCUGAAGCUACGUCCUGUGAGAGAGAAACAGAGGGACCCGACCGCGGAGAAGGAUGCAGCCAGAACUCUGACCUCCCAAAGAGGCUGCUGGCCCGCAGGCGGGAAAAAAUGCAUGUGUGCUCUGAAUGUGGGAAGGCCUUUGACCGGCUCUCUGUCCUGGCGAACCACCGGACCAUCCACACGGGAGAGAAGCCCUACCAGUGUGUGGACUGUGGCAAGGGCUUUGGUUACAAAGCGCUCCUUGUGAGGCACAGCCGGAGCCACGAAGGACAGAAGCCGUACAAAUGCUUGGCGUGUGGGAAGAUGUUCAGCACCAGCACUAUCCUUUCCGAUCACGAGAGAAUCCACACGGGAGAGAGGCCCUUCACCUGCGCCGUCUGCGGGAAGUGUUUCAUCAAGAGGGGCCACCUGAUGAGGCACCAGCUGACCCACACGGGGGAGAAGCGCUACAAGUGCUCCGAGUGCGACAAGAGCUUUGGCGACAAGAGCCUCCUGACCACCCACAAGAGGAGCCACACAGGGGAGAAGCCGUACACGUGCGCCGAGUGCGGGAAGAGCUUCAGCCAAGGAUCGCACCUCGUCACUCACAAGAGAAUCCACACGGGGGAAAAGCCGCACCAGUGCUCGCACUGUGGGAACAGCUUCAGCCGGCGCUAUGACCUCAUCAUCCACGAGAGGACGCACACAGGGGAGAAGCCCUACCCGUGCCCUGAGUGCGGGAAGAGCUUCCGGCAGAGCUCACAGCUGUUCGUCCACGGGAGGAUCCACAUGGGAGGGAAGCCCUACCAAUGCGCCGAGUGCGGCAAGAGCUUCCGCUGGGAGAGCAGCAUCAAGAUGCACAUGAAGAACCACGCGGGAGACCGGCCGUACGCCUGUUCCGAGUGCGGCAAGCGGUACGGCAAGUCCUCGCACCUGAUCCGCCACAAGGCGACGCACACGGGCGAGAAGCCCUUCAAGUGCUCGCAGUGCAAGAAGAGCUUCACCCAGAAGUCCGUGCUUGACCUCCACGAACGGACGCACACGGGAGAGAGGCCCUUCCAGUGCUUGGAGUGCGGGAAGUGCUUCCGCUGGGAAAGCAACUACCAGAUGCACGCCAAGAACCACACCAGGAAGAAGCCGUUUGAGUGCACGGACUGCAGCAAGAGCUAUGACAAGGAGUCUCAGCUCAUCAAGCACCGGAGGAUCCACACGGGGGAGAAGCCCUUCAAGUGCAAAGAGUGCGGCCUGUGCUUCGACAGCAUCUCAGUGCUGACGGGGCACCGCAAGGUCCACCGGAGCGAGAGGCCCUUCAAAUGUGCUGACUGCGGCAGGAGGUACAUCGGGGAGCCCGAGCUCCUCAAGCACCAGAAGGCUCACACGGCAGAGAAGCCGCACAAGUGCCCCGAUUGUGACAAGAGUUUUGACUCCCGCUCUGCCCUGAGGGUGCACCGGCGCAUGCACACCGGGGAGAAGCCGUACAAGUGCUCGGGCUGCGGGAAGAACUUCAGCCAGAGUUCAAACCUCCGGACGCACAUGAGAAUCCACACAGGAGAAAACGUGUGAGAGGCAGGCCUCCCAAGGAUGCAUGGGGGAACAUGGUGGCCACUCAAGUCCAGGAAGCUCUAGGAGGGCAAUGGUUCCCCAUCUCUGAUUUUGCAGAUAUUUUUGCCUGGGUGGGUAACGUUAGGGAUAGAGCUACAUGAUGUGGGUAGAACAUAGAGAAGUGGGUUUAGAAGAGACAUUGACUGACCUUUUUUCAU